UCCUACUCUCCAACCUCCACUAUGUUGUGGGUGUUCCUCUGAUCAUCAACAAGAGAGUGGGGGACUCCGUGGAGCUGCUGGCAGGCUUAGAGACGGGACAUUUCAAAUCCUUGGUGUGGAAGUUUAUGGGAAAGGAUAUUGCAGAAUUCAAUUCAGAAGUUGUAUAUUCACCUGGAUCCCAGUUUGAGGGGAGACUAAAGAUGAACGCCGAAAAAUACAGUUUAACAGUCAGAGAACUGACACUGCAAGACUCAGGGGAUUUUCUACUUACAGGUGAAGGGGACAAAAGUCAGAUAGGUAGUAAGACCAUCACACUGAAGGUCCACGAGCCUAUAUCCAAGGUGGUGAUCCAGACAGACAUCAAGCUAUUGGCCAACCACUCCUGUACGGUACGGCUGGUGUGCAACGUGUCCUGCUACCCCAACCUUACCUACACCUGGGAGAGAGACAAUGAGAUCUACAGGGACGCCCAGCAGAUUCACUUCUCUCUCUCACCAGCAGAGAGAAACAUCAGUGUAAAUUGCAACGCCUCCAACCUAGUCAGUUGGAAAACUGCCUUUGCAACAGUGAAGUGUAGAAAUGACACAACCACCCCAGGACUGACGUGGUAUACCAUCUACAUCGGAAUAUCAGUAGGAGGCGCUGUGGUGCUGAUCCUCACUGUAGCUGUGGCGGUGUGGUAUUGCAGGGGCCGAAGUAACACAGCAGAUCUACCUGACAACACAAUAUAUGCUGAUGUUAUGAUCAACACAAGAAGUAGAGAUACAAGAUCAAACAGUCAUGUAAACCCAAUAUCCAUCUAUGAAACUGUCAAUGAUCUGGUUAUCCCAAGAUUGAACAAGCCGCAGACUCUGUAUGAUAAGAUCGCAUUUGGACGCCCAGAAGGCCCCCAGUCUCUCUACCAGAAUGUACUGUGAGCUGAACAGGAUGUGGUCAUAGGUUGGGCCUCCCAUAGAUAUGGAACCCUCUGCAUGCUCUGCAUCUUACACGUGUACUUUCUGUAUGUAGAUAGGCCUAGACGUUACUGUCUAUUUGCUUACUUUAACUUCUUUCUCCCUUUGAUGAUUGUCAUAUAUACAGUAUGUCAUAAGGCCUUAUGCCUUUCUUUGAAGGCCUAGUUACAAUUAGGGGAUUCUGAAAUCUGUCAUAGGCAGUAGUAGGUAUUGUGAUCACACAAGCUCAUAUGUCGGAUUUCAAUUUUCUAGAUGAAAGAAAAUAUAUGUAGAUAAUAGCAUGACAUUGAUUAGUGAGUUUGAGUUAUGCCUGUGAAUAGAAAGUGUACUCUGUUGCAUUAGGAUUAUGGGCUCGCCAGGCAUUGAUGAGAUUGUAAUCAGAGAGUAUAUGAUGGAGAGCCUUUGUUACAUGUGGAUUGUUGUUGUUUUUAUUUUUUUCAUCCGCAUGUCCAAAAUGGCAUUCAUGUCUGUCCCAAUAAGCAGAUGGAAUUCAAUUCAUUUCCCAAAAUAUGCCGUUCACAGAAUAAAAAAUGUUUUAACGUUUUUGAAUACGUUGAGUGCCUUGCAUUUAGAGUGAAUUGUAAUUAACUCUCAUGACUGUAUUUGUUAGCGAAAGAGACAUGAUUGUUGUAUUGAAUGGUUUUCAGUACUGUAGCCUUCACCAAGUGAGUGUCUAAGUGAAUAUGUUAUCUUAAAAAUUAAACUCAUUAUGACAACGCAUUACAUAUAUCAUAAAGCCCCUGAGGGCCUAGUAACACCCUAACACACUGGUCUGAAACUCCUGGUUUACAGGCCACAUGAAGCCUACAAGUCACAUUAUGUUGGCUUGCAAAGUGAUGUUUAAUUCCUAUUGGAAUCCAGCCAGAGUUAGGAUAUCCAACAAUUGGAACUUUUUAUCACACGCAACCUGCAUUCAGAAUGACUGUUGGUGUAGAGAAGAUUGAUUACUGAGACUGCCUAAAUCAUAUAAACCGGAUCAGCCAAAACAGUAAUGUGUGAAAUAAGUCAAACUACUAACAGAUUGGAUUAGUUUGAUUGGUUGAUGAACCUUUUCAUGCAUGAGUUCCAAACAUCUCCAACGGUCUCCCCAGUGUGAGUUUUUUUAUGCACGUGAUGUUAGAACGUUCUCUCCAUUCCAGAAUGUGAUUGUUAUGCAACAGUACAUUUAAUCCGCGCUGCCCUCAAACCAAG